AAUGGCAGCAUCGUCGAAUGGCAACCUGACGACCCCAAGAACCCGCACAACUGGCCGCGAAGCCGCAAGAAUAUUCACCUCUUCCUCGUCACCACCAUGACCGCGCUGGUCCGCUUCAACAUCGGGAUGAUCGCGCCGAGCCAAAUGCGAAUCAUGAGCGACUUCGGAGCAGACAACAGGCACGUUCUCGCCGGGUUGGUCGUGUCAGGAUUCGUCCUCGGCCAGACCGCAGGUCCGGUGUUGAUGGAACCACUGAGCGAGGUCCUGGGCCGCCGCGCCGUCUACAUCGUGGGCGCCAUCGGCUUCUCCCUGUGCACAGUCGGCUGCUGGCUCGCCUGGUCCCUGACGUCUCUUAUUGUCUUCCGGUGCAUCGCCGGCACGUUCGGAAGCUGCGCGCUGGCGAUCGGACCCCGCAUACUUAACGACCUGACGCAGGCGGAGCCUUCCAUCGUAUACAGCUUCUGCGGGAUCCUUGGCUUUGCCAUCGGGCCUGUGAUCGGCGGGCACCUGGCUGAUGCGCUGGACUGGCACAUGGUGUGCCUAAUCAGCGGCGUCGCCGCCACCGUGAUGGCUCUUGCGGUGACGUUCCUAGUGCAAGAGACCUAUGGCCCCCUUUUGCUGCAGUGGGAGGCUGAGCGCCGUCGGCGAGAGUCGGGGAACCCUCACAUCCGCUCCGCACUGGAUCGCGGCCUUACCCCGGGGGCUCGCUUUAGGAGGAGCAUUGUCCGCCCUUUCGCAGCCAUGAUCCUGACCCUGAGGAGUUUCAUAUACAUGGCUGUGGGGGCCUUGGCGUACGGCUUCCUGCUCGUGGUGCUGACCACCAUCGGCUACGUUUUUGCUGCCUUGCUCUCGGAGCCCCCCGAUCGAAUUGCAUUGAUUUACGUGGGCUUCAGUGCUGGCUGCUUAGUGGGC